AUGACCGACGUCUCUGCACAGCCCGAGGCUGGCCCGUCGACACUCGGCGCUCUCCCGCCCCUCGCCGACCUCGUCAAGCGUGGUGCGAAGCGCACUCGUCUUGUCUACGGACCGUACAACCUCGACGAUGGUCUUGAGCGCGCCGCCAAGACCAAAGUGGCGACCAAGGUUGCGACGGAGUACAGAGAUGUUCAGACUUUGCCGGCGGCCCUUGCGAGUGCGGGUGCUGGGCCGAAGAAGCCUGCCGCCAUUGCGGGACCCGUGGCGCCAUCUGCGGGCGCUGGUGUCAAGCUCUUGACUGGACCAGAAGGACCAAGCGCAGACUCAGGCGCAGGCGCAGGCGCUAAUCCUGGCCCCAGCGAGGCGGCGCCCCGCUCACUUGUGAAGUUCCGUCAUCAGCAGGGCUUCGGCGCCGAGGGCGGGGCUGCCAGCAGUCGCCUGUCGCAGGCGCUUAUGCGUAAGAAGGAAGCGCGUGAGGUCAAGCCCGUGUACCACCCUCAGUGGAAGCUGUCCAAGGUCAUUUCUGGGCACAUGGGAUGGGUGCGGGCAGUGGCUGUCGACCCAGGGAACAAGUGGUUCGCGACAGGUGCGGGAGACCGUGUAAUCAAAAUCUGGGACCUCGCCAGCGGCGAGCUCAAGCUCUCGCUUACCGGUCAUAUCUCCACGAUUCGCGGGCUUGCGGUCUCCGACCGGCAUCCAUACCUUUUCUCGUGCGGCGAGGACAAGAUGGUCAAGUGUUGGGACCUGGAGACGAACAAGGUCAUCCGGCACUACCAUGGUCACUUCUCCGGCGUGUACAGUCUGGACGUACACCCGACGCUGGACAUUCUUGCAACGGGCGGCCGCGAUGCCAGCGUGCGUGUGUGGGACAUGCGGAGCCGCGCCAACAUCUUCACGCUCACGGGUCACAAGAGCACCGUGGCCAGCUUGCGAUGCCAGGCGAGCGACCCGCAGAUUAUCUCUGGUUCGAUGGACUCGACUGUGCGGCUGUGGGACCUGGCGGCCGGCAAGAGCAUGACGACGCUCACUCACCACAAGAAGGCUGUGCGGUCCGUUACCAUCCAUCCUUCGGAGUACAGCUUUGCGACUGGUUCGUCGGGCAGCAGCAACAUCAAGAAGUGGAAGUGUCCCGAGGGAUCGUUCGUGCACAACUUUGUUGGCCACGACGCAAUGAUCAACACGCUCGCGGUCAACGACGAGGGCGUCCUUUUCUCGGGAGGCGACAAUGGCACGCUUACGCUCUGGGACUACGCGACAGGCUUGCCUUUCCAGCACCUCAAGGAUAUUCCGCAGCCGGGCUCGCUGGAUGCCGAAGCGGGUGUGUUCUGCUCGGCGUUCGACCAGACGGGCACCCGUCUUAUCACCGGCGGUGCGGACAAGACCAUCAAGAUCUACAACGAGAUGGCGUAG